AUGGAUGCUGGAUGUGUAGAUAGCGGCAAACGGCGGCUGCCAACGUGGAUGAUGGGUGUGGCUACAGCUGCUGACCCAGUUGGAAAAAAUUCCGAAUCCAAUAACGAAGAACGCGAGAAGGUGCCGGAAGGGGAUUCGCGCGGAAGAAAGAAGCAGCAGCAAAGAAAUCUCAUUGGACAAGAUGGUGAUUCUGAUGGUGGGGUUAUAAGAAAUGGGGGCAAAAGGAAAAAUUCGUUAUCAAGGGUAGUUCCUAGAAAGCAUCGAACUGAUGACGUAUGCGAUACUACCGUGAGAAAGCGAAAAAGUAAAGCAAAAGCUUCAAGCAUUAUUGAGAAUGGAGAGGAAAUCGAAGGUACUUUGACUGGCGAAAAGGAUGAGGAUUUGACUAUGGAAGACAUUCUGAGCAUUGCUAAAGAGAUAGCAUGUGGUAGCUGCUCCAACUCAAAAGGGGAUUCGUCCGGAAGAAAGAAGAAGAAAAGAAACUUCACUGAACAAGAUGGUGAUUCUGGUGGUUGUGUAAUAAGAAAUGGGGACAAAGAGAAAACUGAACGUCCUCCUAGAAAGCCAAAAAGUAAAACAAAAACUUCAAGCACUGAGAAUGGAGAGAAAAUUGAAAAUGGUGAGGAUUUGACUAUGGAAGAUUUAAUGAGCAUUGCCAAAGAGUAUGUCAAAGAAGAUGAAUUUGUCGCACCUACUCAAUCAUCAUUGAAAGGCCAUUCAGAAGAAAUUACUGAGUUACAAGUCUCUUGCCAUGGCUCUCAAUAUGCAAUAAUGGAAAAUGAAGAGUUGGUUCCAUCUCGUGUUUCAAAAACUAAAGAGAUUGUUGUUGAGCCAAAUAUGUCAGGGGAUCCUACUCAGGACAUGUUGGAUUUGUUUUUGGGUCCUCUGCUCAAGAGAACCCAAGAAGAAGAAAAGAAAACCAAUUUAAUUUCAGAGGAGAUGAGUUUUGCCUAUGAAAUCAAGAAACAAAAACACAGUGUUGUUGUUAGGGAAGAACAUGCUCCUUUGACAAAGAAGAAGAGCAGUCUCAAGGAAAAGUUGCAACCAUCUUCAUUGAGGUCAUGCUUCAUUAUAUAUCCCUCUGCGCCAAUUACGUGGGUGCCCGUUCCAGAGGCAACAACAAUCAACUGUUGCCCUGGCAGAUUGCCUUAA